AUGGAUAGAUUUAAAGUACUUCAAAGAGGCAUGUCCUUUAGAGGUUCAGUGAGAAAAAACGCUGAGAAACUAUACUAUUUAGAUUUGGGUGCUGCUGAUAUCAACUACCACCCAAAGUAUCAUCGUUCGAAAUGUGGUAUUUUGGCAAGCGUUGUUGUAUUAGUUAUUGUAAUCUUUUUUAUUAUUAUGACAACAGCACAAUUCUCAAAAGGUGUACCUUCAAUUAUUUAUAAUGCAAAUAUACCAUCACAGUAUGCACCAAUGGAUACUCCAUUCGUGGGUGUGGGAUUCAGUUCUGGGAACAGAGGAAUCACCAACGAUCCUUCGCUGUUCACAGUAAAGUUCAAUAAAGUGACAAUCUAUGGCCAAGACAAAAAACCAAGAACCAAAGUACCAAUUGCCACAGUUCCAUGUACAUUCUACCAGAAUCCACCUCCAGGAUCGGACGACAACGUUCUACCGGAGAUCUACACCAACGCCACACUCUGUCCGAAUGAAACCGUCACCAUGAUGGGAACCUACGAGAUGGAGGUCUACCAGUAUCUCGACAUCGGUGUUUAUCGAUGCACUUGUCCACCGGCCACACCAAACUGCGGUUGCGCCAACGACACCGAGUUCAACUCACGUUUCUUUACUGACUCGACACUCAAUGUUUUGGUCGUCGAAAAGAAUCCAUCGUACUCGGUGUUCGCGCGUGAAUUCAGCAUUAUUCCACGUGAUCCCGACUUUGCCAAGCCACCCACCCAAAAGAAUUACACAUUCUCCAAGUUUUGGUACAACUCCAAGUAUCAAUAUCAAAAGGUAGACAUCUCAAUUCAGAGAAAAACCAUUUACAAUGGACCGAGAUUCGUGUUUGACUAUCACGUCGGUAACUUCUAUGGCGUCGGUGGAUUCGUUGGACGUGCCUACGACUACGAUCCCAACCAAACCACCCUGUUCAAAGCGUAUAUCCGUCUGGAUGAAUAUGACAACCAAGAGUACCGUCAAAGUCCAGCACUUCUCCAACUGAUAGGAUCGUGGGGUGCACUCUGGACUUUCUUCUCACUGACCGUUCUCCAACUGGCUCGAAUCUACAACAACCGAAAAUAUCACAACGAAAAAGAAAUCAAAAAGAUUGUCAAUGAUUUAGUUCACGGUUCACCCGUACCAUCCAACAAGAAUUUCAAUCCAUCGAUUAUCAAUGAAAGUAGUGGUGAUUUAGCUAUUUAUAAUGAUAGUAAUAAUAAUAAUAAUAAUAAUAAUAAUAAUAAUGAAUUCGAAGCUAACAAUGCACCAAGAAGAAGUUUAAUGUCAAUUCAACUUGGUGAUGAUAAUAAUAAUAAUACUAACAAUAAUAAUAAUAAUAAUAGUAAUAGUAAUAUGAGUAAUAGCAUUGAAAUGGGUAUUAUUACUACUAAUACAACACCGGUGAGACAACCAAAGAAUAUUUUACAUGCAUCGAGUGGUAGUCUGGACAAGUUUGUAAAUGGAGCUGGCUGGGCCAAUCAUCCAAACCAACAGAUUGGCUAUGGAACUGUAUCAUCAUUCGGUAUCAAUUCAUCGAUUGAUUUGAACAAUAGCGAUCAAAUCCCACAUAACCACUAUUUAAACAGCAGCAAUGAAUCUGGUCGUAGUCAACGCAGUAACUCCAACCAAAGCAACAGCAGUAGUCACACCAGUAAAAGUAAGAAUUUCGAAAUUCUAAAUGAAGUUACUCUGUUUAUGUCUAUGUCUGCUGUGCGUGUUGGUGGUUAUAAAUUCAUAUCAAUCAAUCAACCAAUCAACGAAUCAAUUAUCACUAAAUUACUAUUGUAUAGUUCAAUCAAUCAAUCAAUAAAAUCAAAUUAUAAUAUCAAAUAUAAUAUAAUCAACUUUGUUAUUGUUAUUGUUGAACAACAUAGUUAA